CUUUUUGCAUUUUUUAUUUUGGGUUUAUUUGUAACAUUUUACACUUCACCAAAAAAAGUGUAGAACGCUGGUUUCAAACUUUCAAUUACAAAUCCAAACAACAAAUAUACGAAUCCACUUCCGUGUAGUAUCUCUUCGAGAAGAAAUAGGCGUCAUGGGUUACGUACAAGAAGCAAGGGAGAAUCACGUCAAGAAGAAGGUUGAAGAAGCUCUGCGUAGCAAAAUGAAGCAAAGGGCACUAAAGGAAUGUGAUAAAUGUGCUGCAAAGUACGCCGAAUGUGCAACCGGGAAAACAAUAUCAGUGGUUUGGAAAUGCCGCAAACAGGCCAAAGAAUUAAAUAAUUGCCUCCAUCAGUUUACGAACGACACGGUCUUGGAAGAAAUGAAGAAAGAGUACACACUUCAGCAGGAAGGGCCAAUGCGAGUGUAAGUUUGGGUUCUUGUUUCGCGAUCAUUGUUACCCUUUUCUUUUUGAUGGAUUAUUACUACUCUUCCCUCGUUGUCUUCUUAAACUCCCACAUUGUCAAACAUUAUUAUAACAGUUCUUUGGUCUUGUUUGAUCAGAGAUAAUCUUAAGUUAGAAUGUGUUAAUGAAGAAUGUUUUUGUUUUGUAUGUGCCCCGGGCAAUUGUUGUUUAAGACAGUGUUUGGAAGAAUUGUUGUUUUAAAAUAAACGGAUUACAAGAAUUUGGCAAUUCUGUCCUUUU